AUGUGGAGUUUUAACUGGAAUACUGUUGAUGAUUCAACAUUUCAAGGACAUCUACAUAAAUAUACCAAUGCAUUCAAAGGAUAUCAAAGUCGAUAUUUUGUACUGGAUACUGCGACGAAAAUUUUACUUUAUUUUAUGCCGUAUGAAGUUCGCAAGAAAGGUCCGAGAGGUGUGAUUGAGUUAACCGAUUGUUGGAUAUCGCCAUCGAAUGAAGAUGAUGUGACAUUUACAGUGCAAACCGGAGGCGGAGACACUUUUCGGUUUCGUGCUAUCGAUGCGAAAGAGAGACAAAAAUGGAUCGACAAAUUGCGAACAUGCUCAGGAUCCAAUGCUGCAGAAGUUUUUGUAUCGUCACUACCGUCUCAGAGAAAUAGUUUGAUUAACACGUCGUCAUCUUCAAAUGAAUCUCAAACUCGUUCAUCCAAUCGACGAGAUUCCAAGAUCUAUCAUCAUCAGCAAACUUUGAAAGAAAUGAGAGAAGUUAUACGUUGCGUGGAGGUCAAUCAACGUGACUUUGUCGAAACGAUCGAAUCACUAUCCGACACUAAUCGUUUGCACGCUUUAUCCAAAGAUAUGUUGCUACUCCGUUCGAUAUCUCGUUCGUGUAUCAAUUCCUUACAAGACAGUUUGGUCAUCUUGACUAAAAGAAGAGUUCCAGAUAUUGAAGUUCGCUCUUCGCCAAUCCCACCAAGCUCGUCGCCUCAAUCAUCAACCGCAAUGCCAAAUCUAUCCGGCAAACAAUUGAGUCAAUCAUUUAACAGCGGUUCAACUAGCAAAUCGAGCUUAACAUCAACAAUCAGCAGUGAUGUUGAUACUCUCACAUUCUAUGCACCUGAUCGAUUAUUCCAACUGAAACGUGUCCAGCGACAACGUGUUCUGUCCAUUGUUUUGUGUCUGUACAACGAAUGUAUUAUUAUUAUGUAUACAUAUAUCUCAUGCGCAAUAAAACAUCAUUUAAUGCCAGGAACCAUGACUGAAAGCGAACAUCCAAUGAGUCUUCUUUCCAUCGAAGUACUCAUUAGUGAUGUUCAGAUAAACUUAGGCAUCGAAUGUCAUUUGCCAUGUAUGGUCUUCCGUUUGCUUGAUUAUCCAGCAGUGUCCAUACCUUAUUUUGAUCAAUGGCAGUUGGAAGAGUUCCAUAAUUUGAAACGUGAACACCCGCAUGUUCCUUGGCGGCACUUGUUAUCCGAUCAGUUCUAUGAACUUCGUUCAGCGAAUGGAAAAUUUCACUUCAAACGUGGUAAAUCUUGUUUAUUCAAAACUUAUCUGAAAACAUUGUACGCACAUUUGUUGAAUGUUCCAUUGUUUCUUCUGUUGAUCGAUCAAAUCAAUGACAAAGGUUCGCAUGAGGACACAAGCCAGUUUAUCGGAAGUUGUAAUAUUAAACUAAACGAAUUGAUCGAAAUGCUGAAUCAAUCGAUUUUACGGAAUGGUAGUGACAUACCACUUGUUGAACAACAAACAUUCCACUCAACGCUAUUCAAUCUCAUGGGCACACCUAUUGGAACUUGUAAUGCUGCAGUUCGAUUUUGUCAUUAUGGAACAACGAUUUUAACACAAUUACCCAUGCUCGAUGAACAGACCACGUCUAAAGGCGAGAAAAAAUCUCCAAAUGAGAUAAAAGAACAAGUUCACGAACAACCGCCGCCGCCGCCAUCAUCAACGUCGCCAUCAAAACCAACUCCACCAGCUGCAGAUACAGUGAUAAAACAUAUUCAUUUUGUUAACGAAAAGAAAGAUGUCGGUCUCCAGAUAUCUCGCAGUGAAAUUCCAACAUCCGUGUCAAAUCACGACAAAUCAGCACAAACGCGUUGGACAAGCACAAAGACUCAUUCAGUCCGUCCCCAGCAUUCCAAAAGUCGAUCGGUGCGUCCUAUCGAAGAUAUUUUACACGAAGAUCUUCUCAUCUCUGCCUAUCAACCACCACCGCUUUAUUUUAAUUCGAACUCUGAUUUUCUUCAAAUGGUAACACCAGUCAACGCAAAACAAUUCUAUGACGCCAAAGAAAACCGACUAUCCUAUCUAGCUUCGAUUCCCAUUGCCAGCUUUAAUGACAAUGACAUAGAUUCCGAUGAUGAAGAUGGAAAGCCACAACGACCGAAAGAGAAAACUGGACACAAUGUACGUUUCAAUUUAUUAUCUUCGCCACCGAUAACUCCUCGAACACAACUGCCAUCGAAACCAAAUAUAUUGACAGACGAUUUUCUACACAAUUUUCCUCUUCUUCGCGCAUUAGUCGAAGAAGCAUUUGCCUUGCAACAACACCAGCCACAUAACAUACCAAUACCACUUCAACGUCCGAUAGUUGCCGAACGUCCACAUUCCGCAAAUCAAGCAAAUGCGCGAAAAUUCAAACAAAGCCUUACAAGAACAAAAUCUGCAGCUAUGGUUCGUUCAACUGGGACGAGGUCUGUAAUUAUGCCAAGGAACACCAAUAAUAAUCGUCGAUUGUAUCCACCUGCGCCAUCCAAGACAAAUCAAAUGGUAGUAACGAAAGCCGAAGUACGAAGCCUAGUUGAUCGGCUGUCCAAACCCAAAUUUGACAAACGUUUUGAACGAGAAAUCGCGCGCGUUGAACAGAUGACACCACGAGAAGAACCCUCUGUAAGUCCACGUCCUGCGCCAAAACCGGCUUCUGCACCAACAAGUGAAAAGAGACCAGUAUCACAAAAACCUCCUCUCCAUUAUGGUACGACACGUGCUCACCGACUGUACGCGGAGUACGCUCGAGCUCGUCGUGCGACGAAUGAAGCACAAACAGGUGCUUCACCUAAAGCUCCAGUUACUUCGCCAAAAGAACCGGCGGUGAACGGUCGAAUUCCACCUGCAUCACCUCAAUUAAUCAACACAGGCACAUUAUCGCAUCUCUCACUUUUGAACAAAGUUGACAUCGAUACGGUAACUAUAGAAAGAAACAGUAUUCCACAAGGAACAUCCGAACAAAUACAACAAGACACUAUCCCAGGUACAAAAUCUUCAUCAACAACAAGUCAAGAUGUAUCCUUCGAGCUGAGUCAAACAACCGAAUCGUCCACAACUACAUCAUCGUCAACAUCACCAACACCAACAACAACGCCAACACCCAAGCCAAGAUCACCAGUACGUCACAGCCAACAAAAUGAUGAAAAAAACGAUCUAGGCUUCUCCAUUACUGAUGUUACCGAUUACUUUACUGACGGUGGUAAUAAUUCAAGCGCUCGUCAAUCACUACAAUAG